AAUUCAACCAUCAAAGUCGCGCAAUAUUGAUUUGGAAAUUGUUCCAUAAUUUGCGCGAUGAGCUCUGCUGUCUAGUAUCACUUUGAUGAGUUGUUGUGUACUAGAAAUAAUACAGGAGAUUUAUGAUUUCAGGCGCUGGUGUUCGCCGAAGAAGUGGAAAAAGUGGAGGCCAUCCAAGGCACCGAAGAGGCGAAGGACGCCAACCAAAUCGACAAGGACCCGUCCGGCGGCGACCAGCUGGCCUUGGAGUCGCUCGAAGAGCAAGGCGACUCGCCGCAGAACCUGCCGUACAGCGCCGGCAACGCGCCGCGCAACCCCAGCCAGCCGACGAGGAGCAACGGCGGCCACUACAGCAACCACAAGCCCUACGGCGCCGGCGGCGCCGGCAAGCCGGGCCCCUUCGACGGCGGCAAGGCGCCGUACAACGGGCCGCCGCCGCCGCCGCCGCCCGUCAAACAGGCCAUGGACAAGUACGGCACGGAUUUCGGGGCGGAGGUGUGGCCGGCGCCCGCGCCCGACAUGCCCAAGAUCCUCUCGUUGGACGUCAAGUGCGAGAAGAACCUCAUGAAAGUCUACGUGGGCUUCGACAAACCCUUCUACGGGAUCGUCUUCAGCAAGGGGCACUAUAGUAACGUGCAUUGCGUGCAUUUACCGGCCGGUUUGGGUAGGACUUCGGCUCACUUCGAGAUUGGUAUACACGCCUGCGGUACGUCCGGUAACACGGAGAACGGGCUGUACGGCUACGGCGCCGAGUCCGGUUCCGGUACUUACUUCGAGAACAUCAUCGUCAUCCAGUACGAUCCGCAGGUGCAAGAGGUGUGGGACCAAGCGAGGAAGUUGCGGUGCACGUGGCACGACCAGUACGAGAAAUCCGUCACGUUCCGCCCGUUCCCCGUCGACAUGCUCGACGUGGUGCGCACCGACUUCGCCGGCGACAACGUCGGCUGCUGGAUGCAGAUCCAAGUGGGCAAGGGCCCCUGGGCCUCGGAGGUCUCCGGCCUCGUCAAAAUCGGCCAAACCAUGACGAUGGUGCUGGCCAUCAAAGACGACGACAACAAAUUCGACAUGCUCGUCAGGAACUGCAUGGCGCACGACGGAAAACGCGCCCCCAUACAGCUGGUCGAUCAAAGAGGCUGCGUCACCAGGCCCAAGUUGAUGUCGAGGUUCACCAAAAUCAGGAACUUCGGAGCCAGCGCUUCGGUGUUGUCCUACGCUCACUUCCAGGCCUUCAAAUUCCCCGAUUCCAUGGAGGUGCACUUCCAAUGCACCAUUCAAAUCUGCAGGUACCAGUGCCCGGACCAAUGCUCCGACUCGUCGGGCCACCACGUGCACGGCCUGCUGGACCUGGUGCACGGGCCGCCGGACGGCGGUUACGGCGCGCCGCCGCCGCUCUCGAUCGAGACGUACCUGCAGGCGGGGCGGCCGCGCGACGAGCGCCGCUCCCGGCGUUCGGUGCCCGUCGAUCCGGAGAAGGAGGUGGGCGUCAACAGGGUGAUCCGGGUGGUGUCCACCGGCGAUCUGACGUUCCCGCUGGACGACGGCGCCGCGUCGAACGCCACCACGAUGGUGUUCCCGGGCAAGGAGGAGCUGCACGGCGCCGGCGUGAUUUGCAUGACCACCCCCGGCUUCGCCGCCGCCUUGGUGGUGUUGCUGGCCAUUUUGGUGGGGUCCUGUUUGCUGUCGGCGGUGCUGUGCGUGCGGCUGAGACCGGAGAACAAGCUGAAGAGGAAGUCGAAGGGUUGCUUGUACUCGUAGAAGGGGGGGCCGGAGGCGGUGCGGGGGGUGUUUCGAGGCGAUGACGUUGACGUUUGACGUUGAGAUUGAACGCUACAUGCUUGAUCAUACGUCCCGCGUAAGGCGGGUACGUCCGGGUGUAAUGACGAUGAAAGUAGGGAGGAAUCUGUUUGUAAGGGGGUGGUGAAUGACAUUUUGGGAUCGAGGGGUUGAUUAAAUGUUUGCGGUUAUUUUUUUUUUGUUGACGGAUUUAAUUUGGUGAUGAAAAUGUAUCAGUAAGGAAAUCGAGUUCGUCUUUGUUGGGGUUUAUGCGAGACGACAUUUUAAUGGGUUCGCCACUUUUCAUUUAUAAGUUGCCCAAAUGACAUAGUAAAGUUUUGUCAUUUCCGGCAUAUUUAAUUUUCGAUAAUACUCAUCCUGUCUGUAAUGGGAAAUUUUUGACGGGUUUCACAUUAACUUCUAUACAUAAUUCCUAAAUUGUGCAGUCUGGAAACUUCAGUUUUACAUAAAAAUAUCCAAUCUUUAUGCUCCUUCGAACAGAUUUUUUUCUAAUUAUCAUAUUUUUUGAGAUAUUUGGAAAUUUAAUAGUAAUUAGUGCCUACUUCUAGUGAUAUAAACUGUUUUCUUAUCCGGAAGUUUAAAUUUAAAUACUACAUAUUUCACGCACAGUAAAGCUCACAAACAUAUUAUUAAGGCAUGAAAUUCUAUAAGCUUAAUUAAGACUGAUGACUAAAUGAAGAUUUCCUCGUUAGAUAAAACAUAUACUUAUAUUCCAUUGAAUCCGACCUUUUAAUAUUAUUUAAAAAUCUUUGUUUAGUCCGGAAUAUUCACUAUAUGAUCAAGCAUAGUAUCUAAUUAUAUUUAUAAAUUUUUAUUUUCGUAAUUGUUCGUUUUAAUUAGCAAUUAAGGUUACCUCUUUUGUUAACUAAUUUAUUUUGAAAUAAAAACAGGACGAACGGAGACUAAUUAAUGUAAAUAUACCAAAAAUUGAAUUCUUUUUUGGAUCAAACUCUUGUUGGUUUCGGUUAGUUCUUGUAUAGUCUAUUUAUUGAUAUUUAUUUAUUCGUUUAAUGUAUUUAUAUCGGUGCGUGUCCGUUUGACUUUAAUAAUUCAAUUAGCAAUUUAAUUAAGUUGGUACUUAAGUAAAAAUUAAUAUUGUUUCACGGAUACGUUACUAUUUUUAUUUUCGUUUACAUUAUAUAAACUAGUCACUUUGCUAGGAAUUGUGUGUGGUAAACAAGAAAAUCUUUUUUGUUUCUGGAUAAUUAUUCAUCUUUUUAAAUUGUUUAAUUUAUCAUAAGAAAUCUUAAAAAGUUUAAAAUUUGCCGUCGUUUUUUUUUUAAAUUCAAAUUUCGUUUAUCGAAUCAGAGGCUAUAUAUUAUUAAAUGGGCAAAUUUUAAACUGCAUUACGUAAUUUAUUGUUAUUGUUAGUUUAAAUAGGUAUUUUUCUGCCAUAUUAUUUUCGUUUUCAAAUUGUUAAUGUCGGCAUAAGCUCGCAAAUGAUAAUAUGUAGUUUGCAGAUAUGUGUAGUACGUUAUUCUGCCAAUUUGUAGGACAUAUUGUUCAAAUAAUAAAGAGUAAUA